AUGGCGCGGUACCUCUGGCUUCGCGUCGAGGAUCUAUCUUGGCAUGUUGUGGAGAUACUUCUUCGCCCUGAGGGGGUGGAAUCCACUCCGCGUUCGGUAAUACACACAUCGUCGAAAGGAGAGGUGGACUUCUUGCAUGGACUGCUCCGUGCGAAGAGCCUGGGCCUGAGCGUCAGGAAGACUUCUAUGUCGGCGGCACAAAUAAUGUUUGUUUUCCGUGCUGGCGCAUGUCAUGCGCUCAUGGAAAUCAGCAUUGCAAAAGGCUUCCGCAAUAUGCAAUGGAGGUUGACGCUCAAGUCCUCUUGCGUGGUGCCGUACCACUGGCUUAUCGAUCACUCCGUCUGGUCCCAUGACCUGAUGGGGAGGAAUCCACGGACUUCCGAAGACCUGAAAGGUACUCAGUCCUCAGAGGAUAAAAGGGCGACCGGCUGCUCCAUCCCGGCGUGUACCAGAUCAUCUCAGUGGCAUACCAGAGAGACCUCGGUACAUCUAGAGACAGGAAACGUCAUCGACCCUGUUCCAGUUGUGGUCCUUCGCGUAGGAGUUUUGCCUCCCCGGUUUAUCGUCGAGGAAGUCGAAAAUGAGCCGGAGACCUAUUUCAUCAAGGUCCAGGAGGACAUGAGCCCAGUGAUCAAGAAUACCCGCGGUGUUCCUGGUCCAGAGGAACCUAAUCUACCUGUUCCUCGCGUCUUCGCCUUCGAAAAUGAAGACCCUGAGAAGUGGGUGAUCCUCCACAGAGAGGAUCCCGAGAUAUACACGUAA